UUAUUGGUCGAGUCUGUCCAUCAACGUCCGAAACAGAAUGCCGGCGAACGCGAGGGGGCGGGAGGAAGCAGGAAAAUUAUAAGGUCAUUUGAAUUAACUCUAGCUUGUAAGAGACCCACGGGUGAAAACGGGGACCUGGUGACAUGAAGGCAGCGAUAAGGACCACUGGAUGAAUUAAAUGGGCCAGUGCGGGGGGUGUGAUCGUAUCGCGGUGGAGGAACGGCACAUAAGUAAUCGUGUAUGUCAGUGAACGCUGGCGGUGUGUGACAGACUGAGCGCAUGCAGGAGCUCAGUAGCUAACAGGACAGAAGACGGUUCAGAUAAGCCGAUCAGGGGGUAACUACGUGACGGGGUCUCUAUCUGCUGCCAACUACAACACGACGUAAAGGGGACUCCACGCUAUUUCAACAAGGAUGUUGCGACUGGCCUCCUGCGCCGCCUUGCUCUUCCUGCUCAGGCUGGUCGCGGGCCUGCCGUGGCUCCAGGUGAUCCCCGGCCUCCUCGUCUUCUACCUGGGCUCCGGCGGCUGGAGGUUCGCUCGCGUCGUCGCGAAGACCCUGGGAAGAGAUCUGCACGCUGCUGGUGUGCUGCUGACUGUGAAGCUGAACGUGAGGAGGCAUCUCCGAGAACGCAAUACCAUCCCCAAGAUCUUUGCCGAGACCCUGCGGCGGCACCCCGACAAGACUGCGCUCAUCUUUGAGGGCACCGGAGAAGCGUGGACAUUUCGGCAGCUGGACACCUACUCCAACCGUGUAGCCAACCUGCUGUUGCAGAUGGGCUACCGUGAGGGCGAUGUGGUGGCGCUCUUCAUGGAGAACCGCUCGCAGUAUGUGGGGCUCUGGCUGGGCAUGGCCAAGAUCGGCAUGGAGGCUGCCCUCAUCAACUUCAACUUGCGCCUGGACGCCCUGGUGCACUGCAUCACCAUUUCCAACGCCAAGGCCAUCAUAUUCGGCAGUGAACUCACAGAGGCGGUGUGCGAAGUUCACAGCUCCAUGGGGAAAUCUGUGAAGAUGGUCUGUAGCGGCGACUGGGAUCCUCGGCGCGUUCCUCCAGGGACCGAAUGUCUGGAGCCACUGCUGGAGGCUGCGCCCACACACUUGCCCAGUCAGCCACAGCGCUGCUUCACAGAUAGACUCUUCUACAUCUACACAUCAGGGACCACUGGCAUGCCCAAAGCUGCAAUUGUUGUUCACAGCAGGUACUACCGAAUGGCUGCCCUCGUCUACUAUGGAUUUAGGAUGACCUCUGACGAUGUUCUGUAUGAUUGUCUGCCGCUCUACCACUCUGCAGGGAACAUUGUAGGGGUGGGACAGUGCCUCAUCCACGGCAUGACAGUAGUCAUCAGGCGCAAAUUUUCUGCCUCGAGGUUCUGGGAAGACUGCAUCAAGUACAAUUGCACGAUUAUCCAGUACAUUGGAGAAAUCUGCCGGUACUUGCUGAACCAGCCGCCACGGGAGGCAGAGCAACAGCAUUGUGUGCGCAUGGCCCUGGGUAAUGGCUUGCGACAGUCCAUCUGGGAGGAGUUCACCUCACGCUUCCACGUGCCACAGAUCGCCGAGUUCUACGGCGCCACAGAGUGCAACUGCAGCCUGGGCAACUUUGACAACAAGGUGGGUGCGUGUGGCUUCAACAGUCGGAUACUCCCCUUCUUCUACCCCAUCCGACUCGUGAGGGUGGAUGAGGAAACCAUGGAACUGGUCCGUGGUCCUGAUGGUGUCUGCAUCCCCUGCAAGCCAGGUGAGUCGGGACAGCUGGUUGGCCGAAUCGUCCAGAGCGAUCCCUUGCGCAGGUUUGAUGGCUACGUAAACCAGACAGCUACCAACAAGAAGAUUUCUCACGAUGUCUUCAAGAAGGGAGACAGCGCCUAUCUAUCAGGUGACGUGCUUGUCAUGGACCAGUACGGGUACAUGUACUUCAAAGACCGCACCGGUGACACUUUCCGCUGGAAGGGCGAAAACGUGUCAACCACCGAGGUCGAGGGGACCCUUAGCCGCCUCCUGGACAUGAAGGACGUGGUGGUGUACGGAGUUGAAGUGCCAGGAGCCGAGGGGAAGGCUGGGAUGGCUGCCAUAGCGGAUCCCAUGAAUGAGACGGAUCUGCAGAAGUUUGCCGGGGACAUGGAGAAAGCCCUGCCACCCUAUGCCCGGCCGGUGUUCCUGCGCUUCCUGCCAGAGGUCGACAAGACAGGGACAUACAAGUUCCAGAAGUCUGACAUGCGGAGAGAGGGCUUCGACCCCAGAGUAGUGUCUGACAGACUGUACUUAAUGGACUCUGCCCGAGGGCAGUAUGUGGAGCUCAGCGAAGAAAUCCACCGCUCCAUCCUUUCGGGGAAACAGAAACUGUGACAUCCCCUUGCUUCUUCCUCCCUGCCGCGCACAGCCCUCCCCCCAGCCCACACUACAGCUACGACCACAAACACCAAUCCCCUUUCCUCCCUUGACCCUGUUAGGCUCCGCCUUUUGUUUACCUCAUUGACUCCACCCCACCCCCGGUGAGGAAGAGUGGGGACCUGUGGGUCGUGUUCUUAUCCAAAAUAUAUCCCCAUAAACAGGGCCCACCACAGGGACAGGUUUUACAGGAGUGCAUGGUGCCCUGGCAGCAAAAAAAAAAAAAGAAAAAAAAAAAAAA